AUGGUUGCCGACUGGGAAACGCUUGCAAAGGCAAAGCGAGAUGCUAUCCUGAACUCCAUCCCCGAGAAAUGGCGAGUCCAAAAGAUCCCCAGCCCGGAAGAGCAAAAAGACGUUACUGGAUCCUACAUUCAGCAAUUCCUCGAUGAGAAAGAGAUCACAAUCACAGAAACCGAUGCUGUUGGCAUCGCCGAAAAGGUCGCUGCCGGUGAAUGGUCCGCGGUUGAUGUCACCCAAGCAUUCUGUCACAGAGCCUCUUUGGCUCAUCAAUUGGUGAACUGCCUGCAUGAGACUUUCUUUGAUGCUGCCCUAGAGUCUGCCAAAGCCCUUGACGAGUACUUCGCAAAGAACAAAAAACCCAUCGGCCCGCUCCAUGGAGUACCCGUGUCGCUGAAAGAUCAGUUCCAUGUCAAGAAUGUCGAGACUUCGAUGGGAUACGUCGGCUGGAUAGGAACUUUUGAAGGCAAAGUUGAUGAUCCACGCAAGGGCCAGUAUGAAAGUGAAAUGGUGAGAGAGCUCAGGGCUCUAGGUGCUGUGCUUUAUUGUAAGACCAGUGUCCCACAUUCGUUGAUGACUGGAGAGACUGUCAACAACAUUAUUGGCUAUACUUGGAAUCCCAAGAACCGCUACCUCUGUUCUGGUGGCAGUUCUGGGGGCGAGGGAGCGUUGAUUUCGUUGAGGGGAUCGCCCGGCGGAUUCGGGACCGACAUCGGGGGAUCAAUCCGCAUUCCUGCAGCGUUCAAUGGGCUUUACGGUAUUCGACCGUCAUUUGGGAGGCUGCCCUAUGAAGGAAUGGCCAACAGCAUGGAUGGGCAGAAUAGUGUCUUGUCCGUUGUCGGUCCACUGGCCACUACCGCUCGAGCUGUCAGACUACUCACAAAAGCUAUCCUCUCGGAAAAGCCAUGGCUUCACGAUCCUUUGGUGGUCGACAUGCCGUGGCGUGAUGCCCAAGAACAAGCAAUUCGCGAUAUUGUCCAAUCUUCUUCUCAGAAAGGGCAACUCAGCUUCGGUGUGCUGAAAUCGGAUGGUAUCGUGAAUCCUCAGCCGCCCGUUUCCCGAGCAGUAUCUAUGCUAGCCGAGGCUCUUACUAAGGCGGGACACCAGAUCAUUGAGUGGAAACCACCCUCGCACAAGAAAAUCUUGGAUAUUGCAUUCAAGACAUGGGCAUAUGAUGGCGGCAAGGACGUGCACGGAGCCUUUGGACUUGCUGGUGAGCCCAUGUCUCCUCAAAUCAAAAUGAGCUACGGCGACGGGCCGACGCAGGAAAUGACGGCAUCACAAAUCGCUGCCAACAACGUUGAGAAGCGCAAAUACCAGAAACAAUACUUGGAUUAUUGGAAUAGCACGGCCCAGCUGACACAGACGGGCCAACCUGUGGAUGGUUUCAUUUGUCCUCUUGCGCCAUACGCGGCUGCGAGACCCCAAUUGUACAAGUAUUACGGAUAUAGUGUAUUUGUGAAUGGGCUUGACUACACAAGUGUUGUUGUACCGGUCACGAUUGCAGACAAAAAGAUUGAUAAGUAUGCGGAAGGAUACACACCAAUCAACGACCAAGACAAGGAGGCUUUCGAAGCUUAUGAUACCGACUUGUAUGAUGGCGCUCACGUUAGUUUGCAGCUUGUCGGACGAAGAUUUACGGAAGAGAAGAUGUUGGCGAUUGCAGAGUAUGUUGGCAGCUUGGUUGGGAAAUAG